UGAUUCAAAGUAUUGGCUUCCACCCUUCCAUAACUAGAAAGAAACCAACUUCCUUGAGGGUUCUCAAAGAAAAAGGAGAAUUUUUUAAAAAUGAUCAACUUACUGUUCGUGGUUAUAUUCUCGGAGAUGGCGGUGAUCAUGAUAUUAUCAUUCAAGACACCGUUUAGGAAGCUCACGCUGAUGAUUUUGGAUCGGAUCAAGCGUGGACGCGGCCCGAUGGUGGUAAAGACGGUGGCCGGAACGCUUUCCAUAGUGAUGAUGUCGAGCGUCUACGGCGUCAUGAAGAUCCAGAAGCGUUGGAUCGAUGAUGGCGCGGCUACUCCGACGGAUCAGAUCCUCACGGCCAAACACCUUCUCGAAGCUACACUCAUGGGGGGAGUGUUAUUCCUAGCACUGAUGAUAGACAGGUUGCACCACUAUAUCAGAGAACUCCGGAUCCGAAGGAAGAGCAUGGAAGCUAUCAAGAAACAGGGUCCCGGUUUUGAGGAUGGAAAACCAAAUGGCUCGGACAAAGUUAAGGCCUUGGAGGAAGAAGUAACCACUCCGAGGUCAAAGUUGAAGCACCUGGAGUAUGAUCUUGAGAGCAAGACAAAAGAGAUGGAUGCUGCUGAAGCCAAUGCAGUUGCUCUAAGGAAACAGUCCGAAGGUUUUCUUCUCGAAUACGAUCGGCUGCUUGAGGAGAAUCAAAACCUCCGGAACCAGUUGGAAUCUUUGGACCAGAGUUUGUCACAUUCAGGUAGUAAGAAGAAUACUUGAGGAAAAUGAGAACCUAUGGCCAAAAACUUUUAGGUGCCGUUAUCGUUUUUAAUAUGGGAUUAUACAGUGGAUUUGUGAGUUACUGAUUGAGAAAUUACCUUUUCUUCGUAAUUUGGGGACUGAUGGGUUUGAUUUAAGUAGGAACUAAAAUGUUGAAUGGAUGAGUUUUUUUUACUUGA